GAGACGCUGGGACAGAUAUUAUGGGCGUUUUUGCUGUAGAAUCUGCAGGCGGAGGUGGGACAGCGCCUAUGUCUUCACUGUGGCUGGAACAAAGAAGGUUCUGUGGAAGCAGCGUUGCCAAAACUGUACCGAAGACGAUGCUUGGACAAACCCAUUUGACUUGGAACUGUUACGCUGCAGUGUGUGUGGGUCACAAGUGUGUGAAUGCACAUUGGAUGAUCGCUUCGAGUACUGCAAAUGUCCGGAAAACAAACGAAAAAGCAACUCCUGGGUCGGUGCAAACAUCGACGCGAAGAAACCUCACCUAGCUCAUCUUUGUCAGAAGUGUUUGAAGGGCUUCCCUUGUAAUCAGGCUCGCUUGAAUGAAGGUGGCGAUGAAGCCAACGCAGGGGACAAUGAACCUUAA